AUGGCACCCAGGACACUUUGUUGUUGUGAAUAUAUUAGUUCUGAAGGAGACAUAAGACAUUUAUUAGAUUGUUGCUGUAAUUGCCCUGAGAUUGAUUAUUGCUUUGACAGAUUAAUUACUUGUAAGCCAAUUCCCACUAACUUGUGUGCCAGAAUAAUGACUGGUGCAACUGAAAGAAUACGGUUCCCUUGGAAGGGUGGUGCAAAGCAAUGCUCUCUUCAUGUCAUUUUACCUGUCGUAGCAUUGCCUUUGUUUCUUACAGCAGCUGCGCAAGGCCUUUGGAUUUCUGUAGUCGCUUUCUCAUUUCUACCAAUAUUUCUGACUUAUUUACAUUAUAUUUUGAUGAAAUUUUAUUCUUAUAGUUCAUUUUUCUUUGUUUGGAAUGUUGCUUCCUUCGUGGAGGUAUUUUUGAUAUUUGAAGCGAUUGGGGUUGCACUAUUGGAAAUUCGUGCAGAUGAAAACAUUGCAUUUAUAUGCUUGACAUUGUGUGUAUGUUUUUGCAUUUACAAAAUCAAGCAAAAAGAAAAGUUAUCACAUGUUUUAGCUGAAUAUGAUGGAGACUUCAAGUUUAAUUUACUUUGUCCUGAGUGCAAUGUUAAAAUACCACCACGGACAUUUCAUUGUUAUACUUGCCAGGCUUGCAUCCUCAUGAGAGGACAACACUGUGCGUGGUUUAAUUGUUGCAUCGGAGAAAAAAAUCAUAAAUGGUACAUGUUGUUUUUGAUAUUUAGCAUAGUCUACCUUCUGUUUUGUGCAAAUCUAAUAUUGACUACGGCUUGCCAUCCAGUCCAAUUCAUCGGAGCUAUAAUGCUUCCUGAUGACUGCAGUGAAGUAUAUUUUGACAGUUUGUGUGCCUUAUGUUUUGUUACAUCUAUUUACUGUAUCGAAGCAGCCAUAUUUAUUAUGUCCGUAUUUGUAUUUGAAAUUUGGUUAAUAUCACUAGGGAUGACUGGACAUGAAUAUCGAAAUAGAAGUAAAAGAUCGUUCUUCUGCGGUUUACUUAGUUCCCGUCCUUACAGUAAAGGAAUAAUUCGAAACUGGUUAAAUUACUUCAAAGGUUCCGAUGCAAGUUUUCUGUAUUACAACAUUUGA